UAUCCAGGCUUCUACAUUAAACAGAUCCAUCCAUUCCCCCCCGGAACCACGCCCCUCCCCCUGCGCCUCAAUCCCCACCCACUCCAUCGGGCGUUUGUCCCGUCCAUCGGCCAUGUCCGAGACCCCGGUGGGCGUGACCGUGAGCCAGUUUCAACUUGCACUGGACGAAUCCUCGGGUCUGCCCGCGGCUUUUGUGCAAAUCCUCCAUUUCGGCCCGGCCCUCUGGUGGGUGUGGAUCGGGGACAGUCAGGCUCAAGCCGGAGAUUUGGCCGUGGCCUUUCCCGGAGUCCACACCGCUGCUGCCCGAACCUCUGUCUUGGGUUCUUUGAACGAUUCCGUGUCUGAAGAGUUGUGCGCCAAGCUCAGUCAGCGGCUCCGGAAUCCGAUCUACCUCAGUUACAAUUACUUGACCACUGCUCGAGCCAUGGCCGAAUUGGAAAAGGCCCUUUUGGUGGCCUUAAAAGAUCGUCAACUUGUGUAAUCGUUAUUCGUGUCGUGUUAGGGCUGUGAUUGGCUCAGGGAAAGGUGCCGAGUGUCAAGAUGCGGCGUAGAGCCGGAGUGGGGGCUAUUCAUAAGAAGAAGUUGGAGGACGGCAAGUAUAAAGACAAGAGUAAUGUGUUGGCCGAGCAUCAGUUGAGUGAGAUGUCCCGACAAUUGGAGACCUUUCGGGCCAAUUUGGAAGAGUUUGCCCGGGAUCACAAGGCCGAGAUCAAAAAGGAUCCGGCCUUCCGGAAGCACUUCCAGGAUAUGUGCGCCACGAUUGGCGUGGAUCCGUUGGCUUCGGGCAAGGGCUUUUGGUCGGAAAUGUUGGGCGUGGGCGAUUUCUACUACGAAUUAGGCGUGCAGAUCGUGGAAGUGUGUAUGGCUACGUCGCAUCGCACGGGUGGCCUUAUGGAAUUGAGCGAUUUGCGCAAAAAACUCGUCAAAGCCCGUGGCAAGAGUCGACACCAUCAGGAGAUUUCCAACGACGAUCUAUUGCGGGCUAUCAAGAAGUUGAAGGUUUUGGGCAAUGGAUUCACGGUGAUUCCGCUCAACUCGGGACGGUAUCUCGUACAAUCCAUUCCCGGUGAAUUUUCCAUGGAUCAAACUGCCAUCCUGCAAAAGGCUGAAUCCACCUCUGGAUACGUGUCCUUGACCAUCUUGCGCGAAGAAAUGGGUUGGAACAACGAUCGAAGUCAGAGAGCCUUGGACCAAUUGAUCAAAGAAGGAUUUGCUUGGAUCGAUACCCAAGGGACCUCCGAGGCGUCCUAUUGGUUUCCAAGCAUAUUUACAUCUUCUAUGGAAUAGACUAGAUACACCCUUUGACAACUUAAACACUCGAUCAAA